AAACCCAGCGCCGAGCCUCAGCUCUAAAAGCGGCGCUUUCAGGUCAACUCAGUAUUGUAAGAGAGAAUAAAACAGGAGGAAUAGCUGGAUACACCCCGACAAACUGAACUGGACAUUUUUCUUUUUGUAUUUGACAGAAUGAAGCUCCAAACAUCUCUCGUCAUGGUCCUCCUCUCCACACACUGCACCUCCGGGGCUGCAUACUCAUAUCCCCGGGCUCAGAAUGUCACUUGGAGCUCCACCAACUUUAAAACUAUCCUGAGCUGGGAACCCAAGCCAUCUGCGGAUUACUCAUACACUGUGGAGUUUUCUGUGGCUGGAGGAGACAGACAGAGGAACCAUCACUGCAUUCGCUCCAAUACCACAAUGUGUGACCUGUCCGUCUCCCUGACUGAGCUCAAGUCCUGCUACUCAGCUGACAUCCUGUCAGAACCUCCACUGGGAACCACAUCAGAUGACACAGAGUUCCCACAUACCACCUCACCCAGAUUCUGCCCUUACCAAGACACUGAGAUUGGGAAGCCUACCUUCAACCUAACAGUGCAUGAAGACAAAAAGACCAUCACCCUGCAUGUGACUGACCCACUCACAGCUGUGUUUAAAGAUGAUCAUCAGCUGAGCAUCAGAGACAUUUUUUCUGAUGAGCUACAAUACAAAGUCUUGUACCGGAAGCAGAAGAGCACUGGCACAAAAAUGCAAAUGUUCAGCUCAAGUGUGAUAGAGAUGACCAAUCUAGAUAAAGGCGAGAGCUACUGCUUCAGUGUCCAGGCCCACAUUCCCAGCCGAAGGUCUGAGAAGCAGUUUGGACAGCUGAGUGCAACCAAGUGUUCUCAUAAUGAUGAGGAGCCCAUCUUAAAAGUGUAUUCUCCUGCUGUUAUUGCUGGUGGUAUUCUCUUCAUCCUGCUUGUGAUAGGUCUGAUUAUCACCAUCACUGUGAUCUACUGCAGCCAGAAGAGAAAAGCUCUGAAGAGCGGGGCAGAAGGAUGUCCACUGCGGGACGUUUAAAGUUUCCUCCAUGUUCCUGGGUACUGGGCAGAAUGGUGGGUGGGGCUGAGCUGUGGGGUAUCCAGCCUUCCAAUGUCAUACACUGGAAUGAUCCUACUUGAAGUUUCUGUGAAACUGCCUUACACUGUGAGACGUUUAAAUGGUUGUUCUUUCAGGCUGCAGAUAACAUGCAGUUUGAAUUCAUACUGAAACUACUUCACUAUAACUUCACCAUUACGAUUUCUAUGGAUCUCUUUCUUUGGUGAGCGGUACAAUAUAUGUUUUUAAAUAAUUUCCGGAAUAGUUGAGAUGUGGGAUUUCUUUUGGGCUCAGUAAAAGUUAAUUUAAAACUUUAUUCUAAAUGAAUGCACUACAAAUACUUUAUAUCUGCUGUUUAAUUUAUGGAAAGUUCAGUUUGGUGGCAUUUUAACCUUUUUGUUGUUAGAUGUGUUUAUUGUCAAAGGUUUUUAGAAUAUGAUUGAAUAUGAACAUUUAAAACAUUUUUUAUUAUAAUUUUUAUGUGAUGUUUUGAAUAAAACUAAUGUUAUUUAUGUCCAAAGUCCUGGUUUUAUUUGCCAUUAUACAAUUGGAAUCCUCAUCAUUUGUGCAAAGUACACACAACAUAUGUGGAUUCUGAUAUUCCAGUUUUAUUUAAACCAAUAAAGCAGAAGAUUUUUACAUUUA